ACGUGAGGAGGCACGUCUGAGUUGAAAGGUUAAACGCAGUUGCGCUCUCGCGAGCUCGUUCUCUGUUUUCACAACAUAACAUAUUUUAAUAUUUUACGAAACGUUGUAAAAUUGUCUAAAAUAUCCAAGUGCUGCAGAGAAUGCUGGCUACAGGAGCAUUCACGAUGUCCACCUCUCCUGUAAAACAGGCUGUAACCACGGCUCUGGCCCAAGUGGAUAGGGAAAAGAUAUACCAGUGGAUCAACGAGCUGUCCAGCCCUGAGACUCGCGAGAAUGCCCUGCUCGAGCUCAGUAAGAAACGGGAGUCCGUGCCAGAUUUGGCUCCAAUGCUAUGGCACUCAUGUGGCACAAUAGCUGCUCUCCUGCAGGAAAUUGUCAACAUCUACCCCUCAAUAAACCCCCCAACCCUUACCGCUCACCAGUCCAACAGAGUUUGCAAUGCAUUAGCACUUCUGCAGUGUGUGGCCUCUCAUCCAGAGACAAGAUCGGCGUUUCUGGCAGCACACAUUCCUCUAUUCCUGUACCCCUUCUUACACACUGUCAGCAAAACACGACCCUUUGAGUACCUCCGACUCACCAGCCUAGGAGUCAUCGGUGCCUUGGUCAAAACAGAUGAGCAGGAAGUGAUCAACUUCCUGUUGACGACAGAAAUCAUUCCCCUGUGCCUUCGCAUAAUGGAGUCUGGCAGUGAGCUUUCCAAAACGGUAGCAACUUUUAUACUACAGAAAAUACUCCUUGAUGACACAGGGCUGGCAUACAUUUGCCAAACGUAUGAACGCUUCUCCCAUGUGGCCAUGAUACUUGGCAAAAUGGUUCUUCAGCUGUCCAAAGAGCCCUCCGCUCGUCUUUUGAAACAUGUUGUCCGCUGUUACCUACGCCUGUCAGACAACUCCAGCCCCCACACCAGAGCCCGAGAGGCCCUCCGUCAGUGUCUACCAGACCAGCUUAAAGACACCACGUUUUCCCAGGUCCUGAAGGAUGACACCACCACCAAACGCUGGCUGGCACAGCUGGUGAAGAACCUACAGGAAGGCCAAGUCACAGACCCCAGGGGCAUCCCUCUGCCCACACAGUAGCUCCCCUCACCUCUCCAGCAGGGUUGCACAAUUAUGGUAACUUUCCCAUGAUUCCCAGGUUUACCAAGACUUUCCUGGAUUCAGUAUGGAAUAAUCAGAAAAUCUGGGAAUUUUCCAAAUGGGAUUUAUGUAAAACCUGGGAAUUUUGACAAAGUUACUAGAAUUUUGCAACCUUACUUACCAUGCAGCUGCACUGAGUGACACCCACCAGCAAGUACCCAGCUUCCAGAAACAGGAAAAAGCAACCAGUUUGAAUGACAGACGGACUCAUAAAGGGCCACUUAUUUUGUGAAGAAAGACUGUAUUGAAUGAAAGCCCUCUACUCAGCCGUUUUCUUACAGUAUCUUUCAUUCAGAUCAAUCUGCCUGCCCUAUCUCCAGAAGUGUAUGGAUGCAUUUUCACUUGGUCUCAAACUAUUAGUUAUAUAAUUUUUCUCAAGGACAUUUUGGAGUCUUCACUUCACUAAGUGUUCUGAAAUUGAAGUAGACGGCACAAUAAAAUGUUACACCUUGA